AUGACGGUCAAGGUCGCAUUUCGCCCUCUCGCCAACGCCGGAUGCACGGCUCGGCUGGGGCAGUCCAGCCGCAUCGGCGCCAUCCGAGGCUUUGCGUCCACACGGCGUGUGAGCGACGACCAGAUGCGCAUGCUCAUCGUCGGCUCACCCGGCUCGGGCAAGGGGACGCAGUCGACGCGGCUGCUCAAGCACUACGACUUUUCGGUGCUCUCGGCAGGCGAUGUGCUGCGCUCGCACAUCCAGCGCAAGACCGACAUCGGACAGCGCGCCGACGCCGUAAUCAAGCAGGGCGGGCUCAUGCCGGAUCAGGUCAUGAUGGACCUCAUCGGCGCAGAGGUCAAGACGCUCGGAGCAGCCGACUGGCUACUGGAUGGAUUCCCACGCACGCUCGGACAGGCUCAGAUGCUCGACGAGAUGCUCGAUGCGCAGAAGAAACCGCUUCGCCUCGUAGUCAACCUCGAUGUGCCCGAAGACGUCAUCCUCGACCGAAUCCUGCAGCGCUGGACUCAUCUGCCAUCAGGUCGCGUUUACAACCUCUCCUACAACCCGCCCAAGGUCGAAGGCAAAGACGACGUCACAGGCGAACCGCUCUCCAAGCGCGAAGAUGACAACGUCGAAACAUUCGGCAAGCGUCUCAAGUCUUUCCACGCCCAGACCGAGCCCAUGCUCGAGCACUACCGCCAAAAGUCAGGUUCGGUCAUCGACAUUGACUGCCGCACCCAGACCAGCCCGGACGCGUCGACGACCAGCUCCCAAGACCUCUUUGUCAACCUGCGCGGCGACACCUCCAACCAGAUCUGGCCGCACCUCGUCGCCAUCGUCCAGUCGCGCUUCCCGGCGCUCAAAUCCGCGUCUUCAAGCUGA